AUGAAAAAUAAUGAUAUACGUGGUUUUGAGACAAUACUUGACACAUUAGAACCAUUGAAUAAAUUAAAUUCUUUUUCUCUUUCUACAAACCAUGAAAAGUGGGGAAAGAAUCAUACAAAUUUACCAUUUAAUCAAAUUGAAUUUUUUAUCAAUAAUUAUUGUCCAAAUAACAAUAUUCUUAAAACAGUUACUUUACAAUUAUAUUUCAUCAAAUUUAACGAAGAAUUGUGGUCAACAAUUGAACGAUAUAAAAAUAUUUACAAUCAUUUUAAUUUCUAUGGUUUAUUUAUAGUAGGAAUUGAAAUCACUGAAAAAGUACAAAAACUAUUGAAGAAUACAAAUUUUGCUUAUCAUUUCGAAACAACACAAAUAUAUAAUACUAUUUAUAUUCAUAUUCAUUCAUUACCGUUUCGUUUCGAUAAAUUCUAUAGUUUUGCAUCAUGUUCGAAACUUAAUCCUUGUGUUUCGUUCUGA